UAAGCAGCCGCUCCGGCCUCCGCCCCAGCCAGUGCCGCCACCGCCACCAGCCCCACCGCCACCAUGUGUACGGGCAAAUGCUCCCGGCUGGUGGGCCUGGCCCUGGUGACCAUGGGCCUGGCCUGCAUGGUGGCCAACGUCCUCCUGAUGUUCCCCAACGCCCAGCGCGAGUGGACGCCCGGCAAGAUCACCCUGCAGGUCUGGCUCCUGGGGGGCCUCCUCGGUGGCGGCCUCAUGGUCCUCUGCACCGGCUGCUCAGCAGUGCGGGCCGGAGGGAAGGGCUGCUGCGGAUAUGGAUGCUGCGGGAACCGAUGUCGGAUGCUCCGCUCGGUGUUCUGCUCCGUCUUCGGAGGCCUGGGGGCCUUCUACUGCGUGACGGUGGCCUCGACAGCCCUGGCCGACGGGCCCUUAUGUGAGACGUCAGACAACAACUGGGAGUCCCCCUUCAAAGCUCUCAAUGAGAGCUACCUGCGCAACGAGGAGCUGUGGGACCUGUGCUUGAACCCCCCCAAAAUAGUGCUCUGGCACAUCGUCCUCUUCUCCAUCCUGCUGGGGCUAGGCCUCCUGGAGCUGGUGCUGUGCGGGGUGCAGGCGGUGAACGGCCUGCUGGGGACUGUGUGUGGGGAUUGCCGGAAGGCCGCGGACCGUGAGGGCGAAGGCCUGUGAGGCUGUGGGGGACCCGGCUGGACCGCCUGCCCCACCGGCACACGUGAACACUCCUCCCAAGCUCCCCACCCCCACACCCCACCCACCCCGCGACACUCGGACGGCCUGGACUCCUUGGCUGCAAGGUGCAACGCCAGC